AUAGCCGACCUUGCAACACUGAAAGCACAAACCACCAGAGCUUCUGAAAGAGCAAGAACAUUCAGAGCUAAGACACAGCAAGAUCUUUAGCAUUAGAGCUUUCAGUAGUUCAGUGUCUUACCAAGGCCACUCUUGAAGAUGUCUGGGUCCCGGAGCUCCUCCCCCAACUCGAAGUCUGAGUGGAGCAGGAAGGAGAACAAGAUGUUCGAGGAGGCGCUCGCCUACUACGGCGAGGACACGCCCAACCGGUGGGACAAGGUGGCCAGCGCCAUGGGAGGCAUCAAGUCCGCUGAGGAGAUCCGCUGCCACUACGAAGACCUCACCGAUGACGUCAAGACGAUCGAGUCCGGGCGAGUGCAGUUCCCCAAGUACAAGACGCAGGGAUACUGGACCUGAGGAUGAACCAUUGGAAGCUCCGAUAGACAGAAGAUGAAGUUGUAUAAACUAGAUCCCUAAGAAAGACUUGCUCUAGGAGGAACCAAAUUAAGUAAUCCAGCAUUGCUUAGAGAAUAAAGGAAGAGAAGGGGUGUGUAUGCAUAUAGUAUUGGGUUAUGAGCAAGGUUAAGUCCCCAUGCUGUUGUAGAUUCUCGUCUACAUUCGUCAACUGCAGUAUUCAUUAACUCUGUGAACUAAAUUAUGAAGUAACAUUGUGAUGUAAACUCAUGUGUUUGUCCAAUUAUAAAAUGUUAUGUUCGAUUGCA